AUGUCGACUCCAACCCCAGGAGGGUUCUCGUUGUUCCCGAGUCCUAACUCAUCCAAACCGCCGCCUGCUUCGCGAAAUCAGACCCCUCGACCUCGUCGCUCUGAGUCUCGUGAGCGUAGAGCAGGUACACCAAGCGAACGACGGGCCGCUACACCACAGCAGAACAUGGUUCCCGAAACAUCUCAGUCACCUGAACCUACUUCGCCACCAAGGAAUAAUGGACGACAGACACCACAGAACAGAUCGCAUACACCGAUUGAAUUCGAUCCUAUUCAGCCACAGCAGCAACCUGAACCUAAGCCUGUGAAAGUCCAACGACCGAGACCGACAGUUCAGAUUCCUGGGCGCGCAGAUACUGGAAAUAUUCAAGGACCGACACUUAUUCGCAGCAGCAGUGAUCGUUCACGGAGUUCCAUAGCAAAGCCUCCCCUGGGUGGUGAAGCUCCAGCGCAGCCGCUACGCUCUAUCUUCCCAGCUUAUAACCCGGAACUACCACUGAACCAACAAAACUAUGUUCCCCAAGAGACUCGACCUGCUGAGAUCCCACGAGCUGUGAUUAGUCGUCAGACAUACCACGAAACACCAGCUGGAGCCGCGAGAAACCCACCGGUUCGAAGCCCGGUGAUUAGCCCUAUGAGCAUCCAAUCUACACAGCCGCCCUCAUGGCCGCAUCGUGGCAUGCAGCAACAACAGGAGCCACCGCUUAUUCCAACUGUUAGUUCGAAUGAGUUGCUCAAAAACUAUUGGAAGGUUGCGAAUGGAUGGCAAGCCUCGUCGUCUGAGGGGAGGGUGUACUGCAUGAAGUUGACACAAGAGAAAGACGCCCCCGUUUACAGUCUAUCAUCUGCAACUCAGCCCUUUUACAACCUCCGCUUAGAUCCAACUUCGGCGUCGGCUUAUGUGACUCUCACAAGACAUGAUCCCAACAAGCCCUAUAAAGCACCCAAGCCUGAAGCAAGUUCUUCAGCAAGCAGCAUUAUUAGCGGCGUUGUCGGCCACAAUAGCAACAGCUCGGGCAACAAAAUCACAGACACAAAGCAUUGGCAAGAAGCUCUUACUACGACUCUGGAAGAAGAGUCGAGGAGGCAUCCUCCCAAUGAUGGUCUUGUUGCACUUCUAAUGCCUACACCUGCAACCAAGAUGGCUGUUGAGAGAUCGCAAGAUCCCGCAUCUGUCAUGUUGGCCGAGAGGGAAUGCGCACGUCUUGUGUGGGAUGAGGAUAGUUCACAUCACUUCCUCGUCCAUCCCGCUCUUGCAACCCCCUUCUGCGUCACCAUCGAGCGUUCACCCUCAUGGUCUCGCGUAGAGUACACCCUCGAGCAUAACGAAUCACCUCAACAUCUCGCCAAGCUCACCCGCGAUGGCACUGGUAGCGGUUGGCUAGAAAUCGACACAGGCAUCGCCUCAAAGAUCGAGUCCUACUUCAUCGUCGACGUAGCCGUAACAGCGCUUCUCCUCGUCGCCCAAGCCGACGAGAAGAACAACCCCAUCAUGGAAGCCUUCGAGCCCCCGCCACCUCUGAUCCUGACCGCCAAGCAAGAAAGGCGUUUCAGCAAGAUGGGCAAGCGUGAGGAAAAGAAGAAGCGCAAGAUGGAAGCGUUCGAGAUCGAUGUCGAAAGCCAAGACGAGAGUCUCGGCAAGGGCAAGCCAAAAGAAAAGGAAGACAAGCUCCCCUUCUUGCUCCGCGUGAUCGUCAAGAUCGUAAAGGGUCUGUUCGCGUGCUUGAUCUGGAUAUUAACGAUAAGCUUCCGAUGCGUCGGGUUCGCAUUCAAGGGAUGUUAUAAGUGCAUUGGGUCAAAGUAUUAA